AUAAGAAAACCGUCGCUUCCGUUUUCACUCUCACGACAACAAAAGCGACAAAAGCUUCGCCAUUUUCUGUGCGAAGGGACGCAGUUUGUUUCCAACAUGUCGUGUCCCUCAAAGCGACGCCGCUGCUCGACGAAGGGCUGCAAUCCUUGUGACCGCAACUACGAGAAUUUCAGUAGUCAUGGCGUACCGGAGGACAAGCAUUUGAGAGCUACCUGGCUCGAGGCGAUCGGUCGUACGCCUAGCGAGAAGAGCGUUCGGGUGUGCUCCCGUCACUUCGCCCCCGACGCCUUCAAGCCACGCAGCGAGUGGACCGAACGCGUGUCUUUAAAGCCAGGGGCGAUCCCAACGCUUUUCUUGCCAAAGCCAACAGCAGCAGGAAGGCCUGCGUCACCGCCCAGCAGCAGUCCUGAGGACACCACCCUACCGCUGGUGAUUGCUAGGUGCUACUCUAUUAUGGACGUCGACGAAGACGCGGCGUCAAUGGACCCCGGUUCUGCGGACUCUUCGGCCUCUUCUGCCGGCCGGGGUCUAGCCCCCUCCGGCAGCCCGGCCAAGAAGGUAAAACGGGAAGGCACGAGCGAUGCCUUUGACGUUCAAGGUUCCCUCUGUUCGAGCGGUACGAAGGUUCGCGUGAAGCAAGAAGUCGUCGGUGACGACGACGCGGAAGAGGAGGAUCCCGUGGACGCUGCCCUGUCCGGCAUGGAGUUCUUUCCGGAGCAAGAGGAUGCUGGCGAACCCCAGAGUACGACCUCGAGCUUUGCGGGGGUGCGCGUAAAGCAGGAGCCCGUCAGCGACGAGGACACUCAUGAUUCUUCCGCGCCGGAAUGUCGUCCGGAGGAACACGAGGAAUUGUCGCAUUCGAGCAGCUUCCACUCUGUGACGCCGGGUGGCGUUGAGGUACAUGUAAAGCAGGAAUAUGUUAGCGACGAAGGCGCUUACGGUUCUACGCCAGAGUGUCCUCGUGAGUCGUCGACGAAAUCGCUGCUUUCAGGCAGCUUUCACUCCGUAACACCGGGCGGCACGGAGGUGCGUGUAAAGCGGGAGCCUGUCAGCGACGAAGUCACCGGCGUAGAAUGCCCUCAGGUGAUGCCUGUCGAGGAAUCUUUUUUGCGAGGCAGUCGGGUUGCGAGUUUCGGAGGCCCAGAGGUGCUCGUGAAGCUGGAGCACGUUGGCGACAGAGAGGCCGGCAGUCCUUCCGCCGUGCAAGCAUCUCGGGAAACCAGCGCCGAAUCUUUUAUCGUUCCCGACCGGAUACAAGAUGCUCCAAGCGUGCAAACAAUCGAGAUCAAACAAGAAUCCGGCGGCCAGCUCUUCGUCGUGCAGAGCCCCCGGGAGGUUGCGACGAGCAGCGUGGGUGUCAACGUGAGUGCGAACCAAGGCAGUGCGAUUCAAACUUUCGUCGUGUCCGACGUGGCUUCUCUCAACGAGGUGAUGCGCGUCGUCCCAUCUGGCGCCGACGGCGCUUCCAUCCGGAACACUCAGUUUAUCGUGGACCGACGGGCCACUACAAACCUGACUUCGGGCAAUUCCUUAGCCGACACGAGCCGUGCGGGAACCAGCGCCGCCUCUGGAACGGGACAGCGAGUGUAUGUGGCGUCGUACGAAGCCACGAACGGAACAAAGAUGAUGCGGAUCGUGGAGCCCAAUUCGGCGGUACUGCCGCAGCCGGCGUAUGUCCGGCGUUCCACCCUCGCCGCCCGGCAGCCGACGCAUGCGUGGAAGAAAGUGCUGGCCGAGGACCCCACCUCCUCAAAUAGGGCUUCCGUGGCUUCCGAGACGAAGGUGGAGAAGGUUGACAAGGGCGUCCAGGCGGACGUCCGGCCCAGGUCGAGAACGGUCAGCGUGCAGACCAACGUUUGCGUGAGGUCCACGUCGGUUCAGACCGACGUGCUGCCCAGUGACGUCGUGAUAAAGGCAUCCACGGUGUCCCAUUGCACCCUGUCUCUGGCGCGCGACCAGUUACCUGGCAGACCUUCAUCUUCCAAGGAGUUGGCCAUAAGCCGCACAGCGCCCGGAGAGCCCAAGGGCCCCAAGAAGUAUGUGGUGUCCGGCAGCUCCCUGCUGCAGCUGCUGGACAAGUGCCAGAACUGCCUGCGCCCCGUGGUGCCCGAGGUGAAGGUGAACGGCACCCUGGUGGAGAUGAGCGCCGUCUGCUCCGAGGGACACCUCACCACCUGGCGCAACCAGCCGCCCAAGGCCUAGGCGGCGACUCGGCUCUCUUCGGGACACUAUCCUCUGCACGGCACAAUUCAUCGAUUGGGAGCCACUGGCUAGGGUCGAAGGCGGCAGCGUGGCAAUGGCUCUCUCUGCGCAGCAGUCGGGCAUCUUGCAGGACAAGCAGUACUUCACGAGACACGGCUCUCUCCAACGUUGGCAGGCGGUCACACUACUUCGGCCAGUGGCCAAGAUCCUCGUGCGCUUUCGUUGGCCUCGGCCAGCCUGUUCCCGGCACUGGAAAGCAUCACUUCAUCACGGACAUGCAUCACAGUGUCUGGUGUGUCUGGUUUUGUGUAGAAUAAUCACCACCUUCACAUCCUUCAAUAAACUGAGUGAUUUUACCGCAGUAUUA